AUGAGGUUAGAUUCUGAUAUCAAGAAGCUAAUGAGCUCUUGUUAUAAGACAAACAACUCUUCCUCAGAGUAUUUCUUUGAGGAAGAAAACGAUCCUCUUCUUCCCGGCAUAUAUGACGAUGUCGCUCUAAUUUCUCUGGCUAGGGUAUCCAGAUUCGAUUACGCGUCACUCUCCUGUCUAAACACCAAAUUCAAUUCGCUAAUAAAAAGCGGGUAUCUGAACAAUUUAAGGAAACAAUUAGGGAUAAUAGAGCAUUCGGUAUACAUGGUUUCUGAUCCCAGAGGUUGGGAAGGAUUUGAUCCAACAAGAAAGAAAUGGAUGAAGCUCCCCAAAAUCCCUUGUGACGAAUGUUUCAAUCACGCAGAUAAAGAAUCGUUAGCUGUAGGUAGUGAAUUACUGGUUUUCGGGCGUGAGCUUUUUCAAUUUGCCAUAUGGAAAUACAGAUUGAAAUCCCACGAUUGGGUAAAAUGUGAAGCAAUGAAUCAUCCCCGAUGUUUAUUCGGUUCAGGAACUCUGGGAUCAAUUGCCAUUGUUGCAGGAGGAAGCGAUCAAAAUGGAAACAUUUUAAAAUCUGCUGAACUAUACGAUUCAACAUCUGGUAAAUGGGAAAUGCUGCCUAACAUGCAUUCUCCAAGAAGAUUAUGCUCUGGUUUUUUCAUGGAUGGGAAGUUUUAUGUGAUAGGAGGAAUGACGAGUUUGAACGAUUCAUUAACUUGUGGUGAAGAGUUUGAUUUAAACACAAAAAAAUGGAGGAAAAUUGAUGGGAUGUAUAUCUACCCGAAUGUAAACCGGGCAGCUCAAGCACCUCCAUUAGUUGCAGUCGUGAAAGAUGAGUUGUAUGCAGUUGAGUAUUUAAGCAACAUGGUGAAGAAAUAUGAUAAAAAGAAGAAUGAAUGGAAUGUUUUGGGGAGGCUUCCAGUGAGGGCAGAUUCGUCAAAUGGUUGGGGAUUAGGGUUCAAGGCUUGUGGAGAUGGGGUUCUUGUUGUAGGUGGACAAAGGGGUCCUGAAGGUGAAGCCAUUGUUCUUAAUUUUUGGAAUCCAGAAUCCGGGGUUAAAAAUGGUAUUUUGGAUUGGAAGGUUCUUGGUGUUAAAGAACAUUCUGGAGUUUUUGUUUACAAUUGUGCUGUGAUGGGUUGCUGA